AUGAAACAGUCAAAAGGCAUUGGGAAAAAUGGGAGAGGUUGUGUGUGUUCGAAAGCUCUGGGUGGACUGGGAUUUUGGGAUCUAGCUGCCUUUAAUCAAGCUUUUUUGGCUAAGAAAGGUUGGUGCACUAUUCAACAACCAGAGUUAUUGAGAAGUUUGGCUUGGGGGAAUAAGUUAUCGGAAGAAGGGUGUAUGUGGAAGAUUGGCUCAAGUGAAUCUAUUGGUGUAAUGACGAAUAAUUGGCUUUUUGGUAAAAUAGGUUGUGGUUUUUAUAAUGAUCCUUGUGUUCCUAUGUUUGCUGAGGAUGGGAUGUAUAGUGUCAAACAGGGGUAUAUAUUAGCUAUGCAAAGAAAAGAUUUGGCAGGAACUUCAGACAAUAGUUGGAUUCAGAGUUGGUGGAGGAAGUUUCUUUGGAGUCUUAAUAUCCUUCCCAAAAUCAAGAUGUUUGUUUGGCGCACUUGUCAUAAUUGGCUACUUGUAAAGUUGAAUUUGGGUAAUAGAGGUAUAGAUAUUGACCCAUUUUGCUUUAAAUGUGGUGCUUGUCCGGAGACUAUUUGUCAUAGUCUGCGGAAAUGUAUGUCUGUUAAACAUUAUUGGAAAGGUUGUAGCUAUUAUAAGAAGAUUAAGCAUCUUAAUGGUGGGGAUCCGAUGGAUUGGUUCCAAAUUAUAUCAAAGCGACUUUCUAAAGAUAAUUUUGUGCACUUUGUGAUGGUGUCUUGGGAGUUGUGGAAUGCGAGGAAUAGAUUGCUUUUCGGAAAGCCUACACCUACUUCUUAG